UACUCUCACUGAAUAAUGAUAAUAAUGAUCAAGAUGGCUACUUCAGAUGCCUCCUUGCGGUAGCUACCUAACAAUUUCAUGAAAACAACUAAAACUACUCUUCCUCGCGAUUUAAAGGCCCGGAGCUAGCCUGGAAUGUGCAGAAAAUACCACUGUGUGGUUUAUACGCUGGAGUGGCUUUGAAAGUGCAGUACAUUUAUUGCAUUGUAUUUUAUUACCUGACAUAGCUAGCCUGCUUGCUAGCUAACGUUACAGUAGUUGUCGAACAUUCCCAAUUUUAGAUUGCAAGUUAGUUCAGUAAAGUCUCGCCCAGUCUUUGUGUUCCUCGCAAAGGUCUCUGACCGUCGGCAUCAAAUGGCCGAACCGAGAAAAGUACCGUUUGUCACUAUAUCAUCCUUCAACAACAACAAUGCAUCGCCGUCGGAGUCCAAGAAACGCCGCCGGGAGGAUGAGGCCGAAAUCAGUUUGGGGGAAGAUGGAGGGGGUGGAAGUGUAGCAACCGGGCCAGGUAGUGGUACUGGUGCUAGUCCGUUCGGUAACGUAAACUUGGAAGCCGGCGACGGCGAUUCAGCGGAAACAAGGCGUUUAACAGUGCGCUUGAAUCUCUCCUUGUCCGAGCCCAGUGAACGAGGAUCUGCUGAAUUUAACUACAGCGAACUGGUUCAAUCUACUCAUGUGAUCAAGCCACCCCCUCCUGCUCCAGCACAACCUAAAGGUCUGACACCAGCCUUGGACCGCAACGACCCCUUUGGGGAUGACAAGGAAAGACGAGAAGUGGAGGCGCUUGCCAAGAAAUUUGAAAACAAAUAUGGCAAUAUAGGGAAAAAGAAGAGGAAGGACAGGAUACAAGAUCUCAUUGACAUUGGUUUUGGAUACGAUGAGACUGACCCAUUCAUCGAUAACUCGGAGGCUUAUGAUGAGUUGGUGCCAGCCUCCCUCACCACCAAACUGGGAGGGUUCUACAUCAACACGGGCACCCUGCAGUUCCGAGCAGCCUCAGAAUCAGAGGGCGAGGACUUUAAGAAGUUGAAAGAUGGUGAGGAUCGUGCGAUAAAGAAGCGAAGGAAAAAGCAAGAUGGCCUUAACAUGGAUGAGAAGAAGCCAAGAAAGAAUAAGAUGCCAAAGCAAGGUGUGUCUGGCCUGAAUGUUCACCGGCCAGAGAAGAAGAAGAGGAAGAAGUUGAUGAAGGACUCUCUGAAUCUGGCGGCCAUGCUCCGUCGCUUCACCCGAGAGAAGGAGGAGAGCCGCAAAAAGAAUCCCAGCCUGCCCCGUGGUCAGGCCAAUGCCAACAGUGGCCUGCUCAAUGCACACCCCAAACCGACUGACAUCCACAUGGCUGACCUGACCUCUGACCCGGCCAUGAUGUCCCUGCUGGGUGCAGCCAAUAACAAUGACAUGCUUCAGGAUAUGAUGGGCGAUCUGGACUUUGGGCUGCUGGACUCUCCUCAGCCCUCCAGCCCUGCACAGGGGGAGAACGGUGCUUUGGGUAGGGUCCAGACUAGGGUUCCAGGGCCACAAGGGGGUCUCCUGCCCCCCCCGCCUCUACCUAAUGGACUGCCCGGCCCUCUCAGUAAGCGCAUUGAGGAUCUUCGAACGGCUUCUCGUCAGUUUGAUCAAGAAGGCAGAAAAAAGUUUUUCACCCUGGACAUGAACAACAUCCUACUGGAUAUUGAGUUGCAGGUUCAGGAACAGCCAGCAGCAGUACGCUCGUCAGUCUACUCCCAUCUGGAGGCCUUUGUGCCCUGCAACAAGGAGGCUCUGCUCAAGCGUCUAAAGAAACUCAGCCUAAAUAUCCAGGAUGAUCGUCUACGUGCCCCUCUACUGAAACUGAAGCUCGCUGUGUGUAGCGUGAUGCCAGAACAGAUUGCCAGAUACAACAUGGAUUGUAUUGCUAAAGUGGCCAAGCAACAGUCGGAAGAAGGGGAAAAGAAUGGAUCAGAAGAGGAGGAUGAGGAGAAGCCAGGGAAAAGAGUCAUGGGACCUCGCAAGAAGUUUGUCUGGGAUGAGAAGCUCAGGACGUUGCUGUGUAACCUGGUGAGGGUGAAGCUGGGAUGCUAUGAGCUGGAGGGGCAGAGCUCCCUGUCUCCAGAGGACUACCUCAAGACAUUCAUGGAGACCGAGGUCAAGCCACUGUGGCCCAAGGGCUGGAUGCAGGCCAGGAUGUUAUUUAAGGAGAGUCUCGUGGCUCAUGGUCACCUCACUGGCAAUCCAGCAAAGAAAAAGAACUGUGUUCCCACACCCAAGACUAAACCCAAGGAGGGUGUUUGGGUCCAGAGGUCCACCCCCCCUGGUGCUGUGACCCCGUCCUCAGUGGCUCCAGCGACCCGUCGUCCCAUGCAGUCCCCCGCCGAGCCCAUCUGUCUGUUGGACUCCCUGGAUGACGAGCUGACCGCGCCCUCCCUGGACUCCAUCUCCCAGGCCCUGGCGCUCCUCAGCAAUGCCGCCAAGGGCCUGGUCCAUGGGGACAGCCCCCCCUCCCCCGACGGUCCCAAGAAUGUCCCCUCCGCCCUCCACUCCUCACCUCUCCUGCAGCAGCACAAGAAAAGUGCCGUCAGCGUUGUCAGCGCCCCUCUCUACGUCUCUACCUCCUCUCCCGCUCUCUCUCGGCCGUCCGCCGUGUCCUCCCCCCUGUCCUCGGCGAGGAGUGAGGGGCUGGGCUCCAUGAAGGCUGGAGGCGCCCAAGCUCAGGCUCACAGACAAUCAGUGCUGAGCACUCCGAGGCCUGCUGUGACGGGUCUUAGUAAAGCCGGCACUCCUUGCUCUCCCUCCCAGCCCAAGCCGCGGCCACCCCCCACAGCCUCACCACUGGCGCCCCCCAAUCAGAAGGGCUUUGGCACUAAUAACACUAAAGCGGACGGCGGUGACUCUCCUCACCCCCUCCCACAUGCCCCCCGUGGGGCACAGCCGUCCCAGAGCAAAGCCUCCCCCCUCUCCUCCCCCUUCUCCCACUCUCUCCCAGGGGCCCCGACUCAGCCGCAGUCAAACUUCAUCACUCCCAUGCAGGCCACGCUCACAAAGUCCUCCCACAGCAGCACCUCACCCAUCAUUAAACUCACCCCUCGCCCCCCCAACCCCUCAACCACCACCUCCUCCGCUUCCCCCAACGCUAGGCCUCAGGCAGCGUCCACUAUGCACCAGUACUCCUCCAAAAGCCCAGCAGGCUUCCGUCCACCUUUCUCGGGCGCUCAGGGAGGGCCGGCCAAACACGGCCAGGGUAGCUACAGCCCCGCCGGAGGGCCGAAGACGCCGUCUCAGAUCAUUAACAGCAGUGCCAACACCAGCCUUACCAACACCUCAUCCAUCAGCAAGCAUUCAGGUUCCAGUCCCGCCAUGAGCACAGCCAUGAACAGUCAGCGCCAAAGGCCGACGGGUGGAACCACUCAGGGGGCGAAGCCUUUGACCUCUGUGUCCACGUCAUCGGUUUCCAGUCAGUUGCCCCAGGUGUCGUCGGCCGGCAGCAACCUUCUGGGGUCUGCUCAGGCUCUCCCGCUGGGCUUUGGAAUGUUGGGGGGGCUGGUUCCGGUCUCCCUGCCCUUCCAAUUCCCUUCGCUCCUAAACCUCCCACCUUUAGUGGGCACAGCGGGCUCCAACACAGGGACGAGUGGCUCCUCGGUCAGCAGCAGCGCGGAAUUUGCCCUGACUCAGAAUCUGUUAAAGAGUCUCCAGUCAGGUUCUCAGGUUGCUCUGCCUCCUCACUUGCAACUCGCUUUUUCAGAACUCUACUCUUCUGGUCCAGAUGUCAGUCAAAACCAAGGAGGGGAUGUGAAGAGGAAGUCGCUUUGACCACAGCUAUUUGAAACCGAGGACAUCCACUAUGACGUGACCGCUAUCAGGACAAAUCAGGAACUAGGAAGGCUUUGAAUGAAAAAUAAAUCAACUGACCAAACACAGAAUGGAUUUAACAUGGGGGAGUUGGACCCUCUAAACAUACUUGGGUCUCAUGACAAGUACCGCUGUUACUUUUAGUUUUUUUAAACUGAAAUUUGAUAUUGGUUAUGAACAUAUUGUACAUUUUAAGGAGUAAUGAACUUUUUUUGUCAAUGUUUACGAAACAGACCUUUCACUGUGGUCAGAGAGGGAGUGAAUUGAAUGCUUGGUGGGCGUGUUGGUAUGUAUGAAUGCACUAUUCUGUUAUGAUCAAUGUGCACAUGUUGUCUAACCCUCCCUCUCUGAUAUCUGGGUUAGUGUGUAUUUGGUGCUGUUUUUCACAAUGUAAUCAUAAAGACCUGUAAGAAAUGAUACUCAAUGCAAACAUUAGAUUUGACACUUAAGAACGCCACUGUACAUUUUCCCUGUUUUUGAAUUUAAGAUUUUUUGCUGUACAUAAAUACAACAUUCAAUAAAACAAAAAAGCCUUAGAAAAG